CUCUCGUUUAUACCUCAAGUCAGUGACAGACGGUUGGACAGGAGUGUCCACACCUGGGGAGUGGAGAGGAAGCAGUCCCCUGUGAUUGACCCUCUCCUGUGACACGUGGCCUCAGAGGCUGCGGGUCACGGAACCUGGGUCCAGCAUUCUGGUUCUGAGGAGGCAGAACCUCCAUUGUACUUGACGCAGGGGCCCCUGGUGGCUGGGCGUGACAUGGACCUGCGGGAGGGGUCGUUCCUGUGGUACCUGUACCUGGACAAGGUGUACUGCUUGCUGUCUGUGAGGAACGUGAAGGCUUUGGUGGAGUAUUUCCACAUCCUCGAUGUGCACCACAAUGACACCAUGAACGAUGUGCUGUUUUAUCACUUUCUCCACCACGUGACCAAGUUGAAAUCGAGACAGAUCAGGAUUGUGUUUGACAUGCUGGACUGGAUGGCCGUGGGUGAGAUUGGUUUUGACCAAUUCUACGUGUUGGUUUGCAUCCUGCUGUCGCACCAGAACCAUUUGGGAGAACAAUUUUUGUAUCGCCAUUCCCGGCCUGUUUUUGACCUGCUUGACCUGGACGGGGAGAUGAAUAUUGAGGCAGCCAACUUCCAGAUGUACAGAUUUCUCUUCAAUAUUAAAAAGCAGGAGCUCAGAGAGCUCUUCCAUGACUUUGACGUCACAGGUGACUGUCGUCUUAAUUACAAGGAAUUUAAGCUGUAUACUAUCUUUUCUACCGACAAAGCCCGGGAGAAGCAGAGAAUAGGGAAAGUGGAAGAGGAAGGGGAAGAGGAGAAACAAGAGAAAGAGAAAAUGAAACUGAAAUCUCUGCUCAUAAAGAAAAUGUUGAAACACGUUGGUGUGAGCCAAAAAAGCCUGUUGGACAGAAUAAGAUCCAAAAGCAGACAGCAGUCAUUAAAAUUGUAG